AUGGGCAUCACGGACGAUGAAGUUAUCGCGCACCCGAUGGACCUGACGCCAACCAGCUCCAACGAGAAGGAGGAGCUGGUGGACACAUACCCCGAUGGAGGCCUGAUGGCAUGGCUUGUCGCCCUGGGCGCGUGGUGUGGCUGCAUCUCUGCGUUUGGGCUGAUGAACAGCAACGGCGUCUUCUCGGACUGGCUCUCUACGCAUGAGCUGAGCCAGUAUGACCGCAGCAGCAUCUCGUGGAUCUUCAGCGUGCACAACUUCUUUGUGUUUAUGGGCGGCAUCCAAGCUGGCCCCCUGUUCGAUCGAUAUGGCCCCAGGCUCCUCGUCGCGCUGGGCACCGUCGGCCUCACAGCAGCAGUCAUGGCCUUUAGCCUUGCAACAGGUAAGCUGCCUACACUCUCCAUCUCCAGACACGCUCUUACAGUCGCAGAAUUCUACCAGUUCAUGCUCAGCUUCGGCGUCCUCGGCGGCAUCUCGGCCUCCAUGAUCUUCACCCCCAGCAUCGCCGUCGUCAACCACUGGUUCCUCCAGCGCCGCGCCGUCGCAACCGGCAUCGUCAUGACAGCCGGCGGCAUCGGCGGCAUCAUCUUCCCCCAGAUCUUCAGCGCCCUGGCGCCCAAACUCGGCUGGUCCUGGUCAAUCCGCGUGCUCGGCUUCAUCGUCCUCAUCACCGGCGGCACCGGCACCCUGCUCCAAAAGGCACGCCUGGCGCCCGACGCCUCCAGCCAGAAGAAAACAAUCGACCUGCGCGUCCUCCGCGAGCCCGCAUUCAACUACACCACCGUCGCCAUCAUCUUCGUCGAAGUCGCCUUCACCAUCCCCAUCGCCUAUCUGACCUCCUACGGCUCCGCCAACGGCAUGUCCGUCCAGUCCGCGUACGCCCUCACACCCAUCCUCAACGGCGCCUCCAUCCUCGGCCGUCUCAUCCCGGGCUUCGCAGCCGACAAAUGGGGCCGGUUCAACGUGAUGGUCGUCACGACUGUAGUCUCCACAGUCCUCACCGUAGCCCUCUGGCUCACAGCGGGGUCCAACCAGGCCGCGAUCAUCGCGUACGCCGCGCUGUUCGGGUUCUGGAGCGGGUCGGCGUUCAGUCUGGCGCCUGUGUGCAUGGCGCAGAUUUCAAAGACUGAGGACUUUGGGAAGCGCUAUGGUACUUGCUAUACCUUUGUUGCGAUUGGCGUGCUUGUGUCGCUGCCGAUUGCGGGCCAGAUUCUGCAGAUGCAGACGUAUGGCGACACGGAGCUCUACUGGGGCUUGAUUCUGUUUGCGGGCCUGGCGUAUACGGUUUCGUCGAUUUUCUUUGCCCUGGCGAGGAUUCAUGUUACCGGGUGGAGGUGGAAGGCUAUGUUCUAA